ACUUUCCACGGUCACAUGACCCAGUGUGAGUCACGUGAUCGGUGCUCCAUUCUCGCCAUUUUGAGUCCAGAGUGAAGCACUUUUACACCCCUGGAAUAAAAACAGCGCAUCACGGGCACCGAGGCCAAAGAUCAGACACAACUGCUGCAUCAGAAUGGAGGACAGCAGUGGUGUUGCUGUCUUAGUGCCUCACCCUAGAGGCCAGCAGGAUACAGUCUUCAUUCCCGACAGAUGUCUUCAUGGUGGCGAGGACCAGCAACGGCAGCAGCAAAAGCAAGCUGCUGACUCUCUUAUUCAGGUCAUUGAGAAGCUCAGCAAGAUUGUGGAGAAGAGGCCCAGAAGAUGCACCGUCUCUGGGAAAAAGAGACCCUUGAUGACCUGUGCAUCUAUGCCUGUUCCAGACAGCAGGGACUGCACUGAAGGGGCCACACCUUGUAAGAGACCCAGAGAGCAAAGGGAACAGUGCCCAGCCCCCAGCAGCAUGCCUGGGCAUGUGUUCGCACAGGAGCCUUCAAGUCAAGGCACUCGGACAGUUACGUGUUACCAGUGCAGUAUGUGCCGAUUUAUCUCGCCUUCAUUGGAGCUGUUGAAAGAGCACCUGCUGCAGCAUGACGAGCAGCACAGUGAGCUCAUCCUCAUGUGCUCAGAAUGCCAGUUCACUUCAAAUCAUCAAGAGGAGCUGGUAGCACACGUAAGACUCCACCUGGAGGAGGGCGACCAUGCUAGACGCAUCCUAGACGAGCAAGCAUCGGCUAGGAGGGUUCACCAAGGGAUGACGGUUUUGAAGGCAAGCAACUUAGAAUCAGACAAGACGUCUACGCCGAAGAAGUGGUACAGCUUUGAGCAGGGUAGGUACCGUUGUCUCAUCUGCAACUAUGAAUGCAGACAGCAGCGCAAUUUGAAGACCCAUGCAUGGAAACACGCUGGCCUGGUUGACUGCUCAUACCCGAUAUUUGAAGACGAGACAGACUGUCCUGAUGCUUUACAAAGUUCCUGUCCUCCUGCAGUUCCAGCAGGUAAAGAGGAGACCAUUGUAGUCCUUGGAGCAGUUGGAGGAAAACCUCAAACGAUGCACGGCUCCUCUAGCCUCCAGCUAGAGCUGUGUGCCUCACCAGAAGUGAAGUGUCAUGGGGAGACGGCAGCUUUGAAAACAGUGGAGAGCAAAAUGCCAGUGAUUAGCCACAUUUUUUCUAUAAAAGACCCCGAGGAGCCCUUGAUGGAGGUUCAGGUGACACCAGAGGCACAAAUGGAGCUGGAGUUGGAGACUGAGAGUCGACAGGCUAGCACUGAGAGUCCACAGGCAAGCUCUGACAGCCUCCUGUCCUCUGCGCAGAAGAUUAUCAGCUGCAGCGGCAACAGUGCCGGCCACGUCAACGUCAUUGUGGAACGCCUCCCCUGUGCUGAGGAACCGGUGUCGAGCAAACCUCUGCUCCUCAGCCCAGAAGUAGGAGGAGACAAAACCCUUCUGGCCUCUGAGGAGCCAGAGUUAGAGAGCCAACACCACCCCAUGUACUACAAACAAAAGGAGGAGGUUGUGAUCGCCUGGAACGAAGAAGAUCGACAACAGGAGGGGGAGACCGUGUCUUCAGGAUCUCCCUCAGAUGAAAACGUGCCACCGGUUCGGAGAAGGACUUACUCUGAGUCUCUUCGGCUGCAUUCUUUAGCAGCCGAGGUACUGGUGGCCAUGCCCAUGAGGGCCCCGGAGCUUAGCAAAACCACUGCAAAAGGUAUUCAUGACCUGUGUACGCAAAGCCCUGACACAGGCCAGAAAAUUAUAGAGAUUGCAGACACUGCCAACCCUAAGCUGUCCUCAGGAGAGCUCACCUGUGCCAUUGGAGAGCCAGCUGCUCUACAUAACCUUGGCCUCCAGAGUUCAAAAGAUUCUCGAGAUGUGCUGGUCGAGGGACCCUCCAAAGCCGGCAUCAGUAUGUCCCUUUUGACAGUCAUCGAGCGGCUGCAAGAGCGUUCUGACCAAAACACUUCAGAUGAGGACAUUCUGAAGGAGUUGCAGGACAACGCCCAAAGCCAACAUUCUGGUGGAGUUGCUGGGGGUGUUGCUGUGCCCGCCGAAGUUUCCUCUACAGACGGUCUGGUGGAAUAUAUAGCUGGGAGUGAGAGGCCCUACCGCUGUAGACUGUGCCUGUACAGCAGCGGAAACAAGGGCUACAUCAAGCAGCACCUACGUGUGCAUAGACAGAGAGAGCCCUACCAGUGCCCCAUUUGUGAGCAUAUAGCCUGUGACAGCAAGGACCUGGAGCGUCACAUGAUCCACCAUUUCAAGCCCCGCAUGUACAGCUGCAAGCAGUGCACAGAGAGGUUCUUCUACAAGAGUCAGCUGAGGAACCACGAGCGAGAUGGGCAUGGGAUAGACGACAUCAGCAACACACUGACCCACGUUGCUGAAAGCACAGUAAUCGUUGAAGAGACAGCCAAGAUGGCAGAUGAGUUUGGCGAGCAGAGCAUUUUCAAAUGCGAUGUGUGUGACUACACCAGCUCCACGUAUGUUGGGGUGCGUAACCAUCGGCGAAUCCACAACUCUGAUAAACCAUACAGGUGCUGCAGCUGUGAUUUCGCCACAACUAAUAUGAAUAGCCUGAAGAGCCACAUGAAAAGACAUCCACAGGAACACCAAGCCAUGCAGCUGCUGGAGCAGUACAGGUGCUCGCUGUGUGGUUACGUGUGCAGCCACCCACCAUCUCUCAAAUCACACAUGUGGAAACAUGCUGGAGAUCAGAAUUACAACUAUGAGCAAGUCAACAAGGCCAUUAAUGAAGCCAUUUCUCAGAGUAGUCGAUCUCCUACGACGCCUCUGAAGUCAACACAUGAGACGGGAAUGGAGCGUCCGUAUAUUGUCUUGACCAGAAAAGACAAACAGUCACCUGAGGUGACUUCUGCUUCAGGUGGACAAGAAGGCAACCCCGUGAAGCCCUCGUCCACAAGGGAGCAGGCCGGCGGGGCUGUGGCGUGGCGGAGCGGUUCGGGGCAGACGCGGGCAGGUAUGGAAUACUGUGUGCUGCUCUUUUGCUGCUGUAUCUGUGGCUUUGAGUCCACCAGUAAAGAGCAGCUGAUGGAGCACAUGAAGCAGCAUGAGGGAGAUCUGAUCAGCAUCAUACUGAGCAAGGAGCAGCAGGGAAAUCAGCCCACAGAGACCAGCAGCAGCCAGUGACCCACACACAUAUUCAUACACACCGCUCUUGUAUCAUUUCUGCUUGGACAAGCAACAUGCACACUUUCAAAACUUUCUAUUUUUUCCCUAUCGAUUUACCUUUGUAUUGAUGUCACAGUUAGUUUCCGUUACUGUUAAUAAUGUGAUUUCAGUGAUUUCAGCGAAGUGCAGUCAAAAAGGUAACAAAUGAAAUGUAAUUUUACUAGUUCAGCAGCGGAAAGAGUAACUUUUGUUGUGAAUUAUGCAAAUGACGAAUUUCAAAGUCAUUGUAUACCUCAUCUGUUCAGAAGACACAUCGUAGAGUCCACACGUUAUGAAAAUGAGGCAGCUUCUCUUGUUCACUGUAAUAUUAUUUAUAUCUAUAUUUCUUAUGUGCGUUUACCUUUACCUUUAGAGUUUAGAGACACUGGUUUCUUUCUUGCUGUCUCGGUGUCAUUUGCAUUGAUAUUUAUCAAACUAAUUUAUUUUAUGUGCAUGUUCCCCUCCGUUAUGUUCAUACAAAUUAGAAAAUUUGUUUCUAGUUAUGGUCUCUUUUUUGGUGCUAUUGGUCUUGCGCUCAGAAAUGAGCGAAAUAAGUCAUCAUUGGGAAUGUAUCUUAAAUUUGUAUAUAAGCGUUAUAUAAUGAAUUUUAAUGUUUUCAUUGAAACAGCACAAGUAUAAAAAUGGCCCCAUAAUUAGCUAUUGGAAACGUGCAGCAGAAAAAGCUACUGAUAGAUCAAUGUGUAAUUAUCAUUAUUGUUAUUAUUGAAAUACACGCAUUUAAAUAAUUAUCAUGCUAUAGCAAAGUUAAAAUGACGAAACUUGAAGAUGUGUCUCGCUCUUAAAUCCUUUACAUUUUUUAAUGAUUAGGUUAUUGUAGUUAUAGAAUGUCUUUGUUCCUCUGCAAACAAACGAACAAAAAAAAACUACAAUUCAUAACUUGGUCAUGGGUUUAAAAUGAGAUCCAGAAAAAACUUACUAGGUUAUUGGGUUGUCACAAAACCAGCUAUAGUAACACGAUACCAAGUAGUACUCUAUUAUUGAGUGGAUUGUUAUUGCAGGGGCUGUUCUGUUGUAUUGUUUAGUUCACAGUCACACAAAUGGAAACUCAAGAGAGAUUAUAUAAAGCCAAAGCUUAAAUUUUGAAAGUUAUAUCAUCAGUAAUUAAUAUGAGCAUUUCAAACAAACCCGAAAACGCUAUGUUCACACUGUGGCAGAUUCGAGUAUGAACUGGUUAAGGUCUUGAACUGACCCGCAUGCACAAAAUAACAAUAACAGAUACAGCAUGGUGUUAACACUGAGGUUCAUGAAGUCAGCGUGUGCGUCUCAAUCAGCUCCCCCGUUCCUAGGUCAUGAAUAUCGCGCACAUGAAUUUGGGCACUGGUAAGGAACCUGACUCCCUACACAUCGGAACACUGAUUCGAUUUCCAGCAACAUGACAAUGACAACUUUCCUAUUACAUGUGCAACAUUUCAGCCAUAAAUAAAUUAUAAAUAUUAGCUAGAUUGUUCGUUACCUGUCUAGCGAUGUGUUUAUGCUGAAAUAUUAUUAGAUAAUUGUCUGUAGUUUACUAAAAAAAACAUCUAUUGUGUGUCCGUGUAGUAGGUUGGUUUGUGUGAUUUUAUGUUUUGUGCUUCAGAACUUUUGUUAAGGGAACACAAUGAGCAUUGAUGCUCCCUGGUUUUCAUGGUGCAUUGUGGAACAUUUAGGGAUUGACUGUUUCAGUGCACUGGUAGGAUUUUGCUAAUAGCCGACUCCCUGAACGGUGCCCUGACUACUGAACCAGGGAGCUGACUGAGACGCACCCGCAGCAUUUACGUGUUCAUUUAUAAGGAGAUGUGACGAGGAUGAGGAGAAAAGUUUUUUCCUCAAGUUUUGAUUGUAUAGUGCUGUCAGCGUAAUUCUUUAGAGGAUAACCGAUAACCGUCCCUCCACUGAUUAACUUCGCUGUCGUCUUCAAUAUUCAUUCAGUCACCAAAGCUCUACCAGUUUGUAAAAUAUUUGAGUGACUCCCAUGAGCAUAGAAUUGUAAAAGUUAUAUGAAAAAAGAAAAGAAAAAAAACAAAACAUAUCCAAGUCACAUACUAGGGGAAAAAAGU